AUGAAAUGCGCGUCAGCCUAUGAGAUGAAAGAUACCUGCUGGGCGGGAUACUUCGUUAAGCGGCCGUCACAUGAAUUCGCCCUGCCCCCUAAGGAGAGAAAAACAAAGGAGCAAAUCGCGGCUGCCGCAGCAGCAUCGGGAAGAAGCAAGAAAAAGAAAUGGGGAAAGGGAAAGAACAAGGAAAAACUGAACCACGCCGUGUUCAUUGACAAAGCCCUGCAGUCCAAAAUUUUAGAAAGCAAAAACAUGAAGGUCAUCACCCCCUCUACUAUCUCCGAAAAAUACAAAGUCAAUUUGAGCGUCGCAAGGUCGGUCAUAAAGUACUUGGCGGAGCAAAAUUUAAUUAAGGAGGUUUGCAUUCAGAGCCACAGUCAGAAGCUGUACACGAAGGUCGCUUAG